AUGGGCAACCACGAGCUGUACAUGCGUCGUCGUAGACCCGAUCCUGUGGAAAUAUUACAAAUGAAAGCAGAAGCAAAACAUGCACGAAAUUUGAAGCGAGAAGAGAGGUAAGCUGUGGUUGUAUGAGUAUAGGAUAGAGCUAAGUUUUCGUAUUCGCCCUGGGCCAGUGGGCCUGUUCAUACGAAUCCAUCAUACCAUUAAUUCAUUAAAAUAUGUUUCUUCUUUUUUGCAUGACACUAUACCAUUGGCUUAACCAAAAUGAUCAGUUUUGAAGUAUGAAUUUGUAGGGUGAAACGUAUUAAGGCUGAUUUCCACUGUUGCGUUUUUCGUACGCACGUACACGCACGUAAAACUUUGAAUCCUAUUUUUUAAAUAUUUUACAAAUAAGUUAACAAAUGCAUACUAAAACUUGCGAAACACUGAAUUCUGUUGCUUUAUUUAUUUGGUUAUUUCAUAAGUAACAUUUAAACGGAUUUAAAGUUUUACGUGCGUAUACGUACGUAUGAAAAACGCAACAGUGGAAAUCAGCCUUUAGUUUCAGUGCUGUAAGUAAGUAACGAAAUUACAAGUAAUCGUUACUUUUUGAGUAACUGUAACGGUAACUAGUUACCUUGUAACUGUAACGAGUUACAUUUUGGCCUAAAAUGAAACGAUGACGCGUUAUUUUUAUAGCCAACGUUUACGUUACUUUUUUCGUUACAUUCUCGCGGUUAAAACUUACAAUUCACCUCGCAGUUCUCGAAAUUCUCCUCACCCGUUUCUACGACAACGUAUGCUUCAGUGCUUAACACAGCUGAGAGAUCCAUUAGUGGUAAGGUUACAUAACGUUUACAAAUAAUUAACGUCAAUCUGCUGACCACUAAUCAUUUCUAAGUAACUUGUAACUAGUUACAAAAAUAUUGAAGUGAUUUUGUAACGGCAACUAGUUACAUUUUUUUAAGUGCAACUUUUACCAGUAACUAGUUCCUUUUUUGGGAAUGUAACUGCAUGUAACUGUAACUAGUUCCAAAAAAUGAGUAACUUUUACAGCACUAAUUAGUUUUGAAAGUGUUAUGGGUUUCUUUUGUGUCCAGUUUUAAUUAAGCGUACCUUUAAGCGUGCCUUUAAGCGUGAUUUUGAAAGCAGAGUAAGGCUCGACUGACCAUUGCUCAUUGGUGUAAUUGUUCUUUUACAAUACGAUAUUAAUCGGCAAUGAUCUUCACUAAUUUUUCAGUUACAUAUGACAUGUGUUUCACAGAAAUAUAUCUGCCUAUCAUCAAGCAGUUUACACAUUGUUACUUUAAUUAAACAAAAUUUAAAAAUCCUUAAUAAUUCAUGAAGAAAAUUCAAAAGAAAUGAAUGUUUAAAGUGCCUAUAUCACUUGCGGGACCUUUAUGGAUUCGAAAGGUGCGUAAAAAGUUAGUUACAGUCGAACCUCUAUUAAACGGCCCUCCAUUAAGCGGCCACCCUCUAUUAAACGGCCACAUAUCGAAGUCCCGAAAAUUUUGUAACACAAAUACUAUAAACUAUUCCUCUAUUAAACGGCCACCUCUAUAUUAAGCGGCCGCGGCCACCCAAAGAGCGGUCCCAAAUGAUGUUUUAUGUCAAUUUUUACCUCUAUUAAACGGCCAGCCUGCAGGAUUUUUAGGUUUAGAUAUAGGUAAUGAGAACCGUAUUGGUGUCCUAGUAAUAAAUUUAUGCCACAAUAAUCCCUAAAUGUUUGUUCAAAAGGUUUAGUGUGAAAUAUGAUAGUGUGAUGGCCUCGUGUUGUUGGCACAAUGUAUGCCUGUGAAAAAAUGUUAUAGUAGAUGAAACUGAGAAUUAAAGAUAAAAUCACUAUUGUAUUCUGUGUUUCAUAAUUAAAAAUAGACAUUUGACUAUACGCCCAGGGUCUAUUAUUUGCGUACCUCUAUUUAGCGACCACCUCUAUUAAGCGGCCACAAAGCCGAUCCCCGAGGGUGGCCGCUUAAUAGAGGUUCGACUGUAAUAAGUUCAAAAGAUUUUUUUGAUUUAGUGCAGUAAUUUCGAAGAUACAGGCCUCUAAACUGCCUACAGUUCCUGAGUCCCAGGCUCCUAUUGGCAGUGGACAGUUUCGAAAAAGGCCAAAUUCAAUAUAAUAGCCGUGUUUAGACCCCAGGAGCCUGGGACUCAGGAACUGUAGGUAGUUUAGAGACCUGUAUCUUCGAAACUAUUGCACUAAAUCAAAAAAAUCUUUUGAACUUAUAAUUAUUAACUAACUUUUUACGCUCUUUUCAAAUCCAUAAAUGUCUCACAAGUGAUAUAGGCACUCUAAUCAAUGUUUGUAGAUCGGAUAAAGAUUUGUCCUGAUUUACAUAAACUUCAGCUUUAAUCCUUUCGGCUUAGACAACGUUUACUUUUGAAAUUACUUCGCCAAUGAAGUCAUAAGAUGGGUCGUUUUUUUAAGUACGUUAAAACCUCUCAUCUUCGGCUCGAGUUUGUAUAUCAGAUAAAGAUCGGAUGCGAAUGUUUCAACUAGUACUUAUUAUUGGGAACAGUUGGAAAUGCACUUUCUCCGAGCUUGUAAUUUAAAAUGUUAGUGCAUGGGUGAAGCCAUGAAGGACUUACUUCAUUCAACACCAGCCCCCACCCCCAAGGCGUAAAAAAAUACCUGUGGUUCCGGUUUCAUAUCGUAAAAAAAUUAGGGUCGGUAGGUCGGAAAUAAAUUUUUUCUUCGAAUAUUUUUUUCAUGGUUUUACCGGGUUUUUGCUGGGCGAUUUGCAGUAGAGUCCCGACAUCAAUAUUAACUAGAGAUGCGCAUUUCCCCAUGGACGAAUUUAGGCAAUUUGAUUCAAUAAUUAGUGUGACAACAGACGCCAUUUUGGCACGCUGUAUGAGCAGCCUGCAACCACCUGGAGAAAAUAGGGUCGCACGGUCAAUCGCGUUGAAAAAAUAAUAGGGUCGGGCCGGUCGGCAGAAAAAAAUAGGGUCGGUCGGGAACCGGAACCACAGGUAUUUUUUUGACGCCCAAUCGCUGCGUGGUCCCUGAAUUUUCCAUAUCAAGGGACUCGCCUGAUCGUGAUGGAGAUUUUUUGCCGAUUUUCAUUUUCGACCUAUAUAAUAUAGUAUUGAAUGACAUAGUUGGAAAAUACAAUGUUGUAAUUGCUAUAUUUAUAUUUUCUAGGUUGACUUUGGUUAGAGAAAGAGGAGAGAGACAGAAAGCUGAAGAAAUUAAUAAACAACUUGCGGAAAAGGCAAAAUCUUUGGAAAUGUCUGCACGAGAAACUGCUGAAGGUAAUAUAAGUAUUGAUGGUGUAUCAUAGUAUGACAUAUGGUAUGGUAUGGAAUGGAAUGGAAUGGUAUGGUAUGGCAUGGCAGCCUAGUCCCAGUCGUUCUGAAGCAAGCGCGAGAAAAAACGUGGAUGUAGUACGAGACUGGGAUCUAGGUGUGACGUCACCGCAAAAGGUGCAUAAGAACGCGUAGCAGAUUUCAGUAUUUUUAAUAUGGCGGAAAAUUUAUUUAUACAAAUAAGUUUGUAAAUACGACAAUGUUCGUUGAUCAUGUUUGAUGUCUACAUAACCAAAUUCAAACUGUAUUAAAAAUGUGCUCAAUUAAAAAAAAAUAUAUACAAAUUUACGAUACUGAGUCUGAGCAAUGGUCGUAUAAUCGUUGAUGUUAUUCAUAUACUCGCAAGUUGUGAUCAACACUAGACCAUACUGGUAUACACAACUACGCUUUCUACUUGACAGGUUUAAGUAGCUGAGGAGAUUGGAAAUAUUCGCCUGACAUGACUACUGUGUUGUCAAAACAUUUUUGGUCGGAGACUCGGCAUAAUUUUCAAGCUUCUAGAUAGCAUUUAAUAUGGCUUUAUAUUUUAGUAAACACGAGUCAUAGUUAGCCCGUUAUUCCAUUCUGACUGUAUGGUAGCGAAACGUAGCCUAUUUCAUUGUUCCGACAGCAUUAGAGCAAAACUAAUGACUUAAUUAUAAACACAAUGGAAAUUUCCAUAACAUUUUCUAUUUACAAAUGCGAUAUGCUUGGUAACCAGACCAGGGACCACUUUUUUGAAAUCAGGGACCAUUUUACCGAAAUCUGCUAGGCUCUCUCGCUGAAGCGUUCCGCACAGCACACCUAGGCAUAAAACUUUUAAGACUUAUUUAAAUAUAUCAAAGCAGCGAAUAGAGAGAGCCUGGGACUAGGCUGAUGGUAUGGUAUUUGGAAUCAUUUUUCCACUGUAGUUUAGAGUACUGACAAUUUAAAUAAAAACGAUUUUCUGAUAAGCUCGGCCAUAUAGUUGGGAGAAGCCGUGCAGAUACAGAAAAUAAUUUUUGACGUUGAUCAGCAUAUAGCGGACAAUGUAAAAAUUAAUGACUCAAUUAAUUAAGAUUUUAAUAAUUCCCCUGUGGCAUUAUGGUGUAUGCUAUGCCAUGCUCAGGGACGUCGCUACUCGGGGAGGGGGGGGUGUAACACCCCGAAUAAUUCAAAAGUUGGUCAAAGUUGGUCAAAAUGUAAAAUAUUUGGUUAAAGUUGGUCAAAGUUGCAGGUCCAACUUGGCAACUGCUUGUCAAAGGUUGAGAACAGGCUUGGUAAAGUAGGUAAAAUUUGGUAAAAUUUGAAAUAAAAGAAGGAAAAAACGCACAAAAAAGUUAAAAAAAUAUUAACCGUAAUUUAUCAUUACUUAUUAGAGGGGGAUAGCAAUGGCCAAAGGCCACGUGUCUGGGGACAUACUUCCCAGAAAAUGUUUGAAAUUUGAAACCCGGAAAUGCUAUUUCCUGCAUUCUGAGCAUCCAAAUUUGCUCUGAAAUCUAUGCUACUAUACUUGUAUUUGAAAUACAAGAAGGAAAAAACGCACCAAAAAUAUAAUAAUUAUUAGUUACAAUAAUUUAUCAUUACUUAGUGGUAGUAAAACGUACAAUUUAAAUCGAUUUUGUUAAACAAGGACUAAUGAUAAAGCCUAAAACUUACUUUCCGUUUAUGUAUUUGUUAUUCUUCGCUGGUUUGUUUGUAUAAAUUUAGAAAAAAAGGACUUUUCCUGGGGUGGGGGCAAAAUGUGAUUUCGUGGGGGGGGGGGCACAAGGGGGGACUGGGGGUCAUUUGCCCCCCAGCUUGUUUGUUAAAAAAGGCCCUGCUCACUAAUGCCUUCCUCUUACAGCUCUGGAACGCGAAAAGAACAACAACUUAGAACUCGAGAGACAGCGUCUUUCGGCCGAGGAGGAAAAUGCGAGACAGAAGGAGCGCAGUCGUCAAAUUGAACGAGAGAAGAACAUGAUCACAAGAGAGCUUAGCCAAAAAGAGAAUGAAAACGAGUACUUGGUAUGUUUUGCAAACUUUCUUAAA